CUGUGAGCUGAGCGACUCCGCCGAGCGGGACACAGCAGCUGCAGCGUCCCUCCGACAGCGAACGGGUGACCGCAGCGCUUUGGACCUCCCCAGCCCGGCAGCUUGGAGGAACCACGGAGGAACUCGACACUUAGCGACUGCAGAUGAAAGGAGAGGAUCACUCCCACUUCGACAGUUAUCUGCGUUUUAGCGCGGCUAUCUAAGCUGGUUGGACAUUUUACGAAGGUGUUAUCGAAGAUAAUCAACAUGCUGCUUUUACAAGCGAUACCAGUCACGGGACUGCACAGUGGCGUCCAGGAGCGACCUACCGCGGAGAUAUUCGGUGGAGCCCGUACACCCAGCACCAGCGUAUCGUCAGACAGCUCCAGCGGCGACGAGCAGACACCGGGCCCCGGCCAGACGUGCCGCCCGGACCCCGGCCUCCGUCCGGACGUCCGGACGGCCAGCGAUGUCGCGGUGACGGCCCAGCCGUGUCUCCGCUCGCCGAGCGGCCGCCGGGGGGCCGCAGAGGAGGUGUGGGACACAGAGACGUCCCCACAGACCGGGGAAGGCUCUGUCUCGGACGACGCUGACCAGGUGAGCUCGCCGUCCGUCUCGCCGCGCCAGCACUCUGAUCAGAGUCUGGCGUACCGCUCGGACGGCGACUCUGUGUCCACCGGCUCUCCAACUGCGUCUUCUCCACAGUCCAGUCAGUCAUCUGAGUCCGACUGUGAGCAGACGCGGCAGCCGGCCGCCGACACCGCCCAGCAGCGCUACGACUCGCUCUGCCGCUCCCUGGAGACACUGAUCUGCUCCGCCGAGGCCGAGGAGCCGGCCCGCGGUGAGCCCGCGGUCUCUGGUGGGAGGUCGCCGGCCAGCCGCUCAGCGGUGUCCGGCGCCGGCAGCUCUGAGCGCCGUGUCGACAGGACGCUCCGUGCGGCCCCCGAGCAGCCGCCCCGCUCCAUCGGCUACGCGGGUUUCGUGGGUGUGCCGGUCCCUCAGAGCGCCGGCCGCUCGGACGGCUCGCACGCGGCCGCUGCCGACUUCACCUGUCUGCGGUCGGCCGGUUCGGCUGCCCCUGUCCAGAGGGCGCCGCGCGCCAUCCGGGGCGCGAACCGGCCGCAGCGGCUGCCGGCGGCCGGCGGCGGCGGGAGCUGGGCGGGGGACGGCCGCUGCGCCGCCCUGGCAGCGGACGGCGGGCUCCAGUGGCGUGUACCCAGUCGGGAGGAGCAGCGCGCUGCCGCCGCCCGCCGGCUGAUCGCCGCCGCCCAGCCGGCCGAGCUGCUCUCGCCGACCGCCGCCUGGUACCAGGACUUUGACGAGCUGAUGGCACAGUGUCGCGGCGACCAGCCGCUGCCGCUGCGCCCCGGCCGCCGGCGCUACCGGCAGCCGACACCGUCCCAGGAGACGCUGCGCCAGCUGCGGGAGCGCGUCUGUCUGGGCUGCACACGCGCCUUCCCCGAGGCCAACUACUUUGACGUGUACUGCCACGUCAACACCGUGUACGCCUGGUUCAACUGGAAGCUGGACGUCUGAGGGCGGCUGUUCUGGAGAGCUGAGGGACUGAGGGCGGCUGUGUUUGAGGGCUGAGGGACUGAGGGCGGCUGUGUUUGAGGGCUGUGGGACUUUGUGUGGCUGUGUUAGCGGGUAGCAGCAUAUCAGCCCCGGACCAUCUUUAUAAAGAGUUUCUGCGCUUUGUAGCCUGUUCGUCGCGCUAUACCAGCAGAGGUUUGUCUCUGACGCGGCACAGACUAACUUUGACAAGUGGUGCCAUAACUUAUAGUACAAAUCAGAGUACUGGUAGCGAUGCUCCUGCAUGCAGAUUGUGGCUGUACACGUUUAACCCAAGGUUAACCAAGGUUCAUUAUUCAACCAGUGUUGUGCUACAUACAUACUCAUUUAACGCGCAUAAUUCAUUAGCAUGUUGCCAUUUUAGAAGGAACUCUAUUUCUGAUUUUAUACUACGGUGUUCCAGCUCACUCUAAAUGCAUACAUUUAUUAUUCUGUAACUUCAACUCAGGCCAAUGAUCUUUGCCUUUCAAUGGGUGCUUUUGCGCUCACAUGUGUGGGUUUUAUGGUUUGACUUGGGUGUGAAUUAUGUUUGUUGUUUCCCAUAUGUUGUUGUUUCUUAUUGAAAUAAAGUUAUACACUGGCCCAAA